AUGGAGCCGGACAUCGCCGCAGCGGCAGCCACCGUGGCAGCCGCCGAUGCGCCCGCCGCGAUCGCGAUCGUGGUCCCCGAGGACGAGCAGCCGGGCCCGUCCUCCGCGGAGGAGGGAGCGGCCGCCGUGGCCCCGGAGCAGGACGACAAGGAGGUGCGGAAGAAAGGGAAAAGCACUUCUUCGUUUCAACUGAAACUUACUGGGAAAAUGUCUAAAGCUGAAAAGGAAAUGGAUCCAGAAUAUGAGGAGAAAAUGAAAGCAGAUCGAGCUAAGAGAUUUGAAUUUCUACUGAAGCAGACAGAACUCUUUGCACAUUUCAUUCAGCCUGCAGCACAAAAAUCUCCAACAUCUCCUCUGAACAUGAAAUUGGGACGUCCUCGAAUAAAGAAAGAUGAAAAGCAGAGCUUAAUUUCUGCUGGAGACUACCGCCACCGGCGCACAGAACAAGAAGAAGAUGAAGAGCUACUGUCCGAAAGUAGGAAAAUGUCUAAUGUGUGCAUUCGAUUUGAGGUGUCACCUUCUUAUGUGAAAGGAGGUCCACUAAGAGAUUAUCAGAUUCGGGGACUAAAUUGGUUGAUCUCCCUGUAUGAAAAUGGAGUCAAUGGUAUUUUGGCUGAUGAAAUGGGUCUUGGUAAGACUUUACAAACUAUUGCUUUGCUUGGUUACCUGAAACACUAUCGCAACAUUCCUGGACCGCACAUGGUUUUGGUUCCAAAGUCGACUUUGCACAACUGGAUGAAUGAAUUUAAACGGUGGGUCCCAUCUCUCCGUGUUAUUUGUUUCGUUGGAGACAAGGAUGCGAGAGCUGCUUUUAUUCGUGAUGAAAUGAUGCCAGGAGAUUGGGAUGUCUGUGUUACUUCUUAUGAGAUCGUAAUUAAAGAAAAGUCUGUGUUCAAAAAGUUUCAUUGGCGAUACCUAGUUAUUGAUGAAGCUCACAGAAUAAAGAAUGAAAAAUCAAAGCUUUCAGAGAUUGUCCGUGAGUUCAAGUCAACUAACCGUUUGCUCCUAACUGGGACGCCUUUGCAGAACAACUUGCAUGAACUCUGGGCAUUACUCAACUUUCUGUUGCCUGAUGUCUUUAAUUCGGCAGAUGACUUCGAUUCUUGGUUUGACACAAAAAAUUGUCUUGGUGAUCAAAAACUUGUGGAGAGACUUCAUGCAGUUUUGAAACCCUUUCUGUUACGUCGCAUAAAAACUGACGUAGAGAAGAGCCUGCCUCCUAAAAAGGAAAUCAAGAUUUACUUGGGACUCAGUAAGAUGCAACGAGAGUGGUACACAAAAAUUCUGAUGAAAGAUAUUGAUAUUUUAAAUUCUUCUGGCAAGAUGGACAAGAUGCGACUCUUAAAUAUUUUGAUGCAACUUCGAAAGUGUUGCAAUCAUCCUUACCUGUUUGAUGGGGCUGAACCUGGACCCCCGUAUACCACCGAUGAACACAUUGUCAUCAACAGUGGUAAAAUGGUAGUUCUGGAUAAAUUGUUGGCCAAACUCAAAGAACAGGGCUCAAGAGUUCUCAUUUUUAGCCAAAUGACUCGCUUACUGGACAUUCUGGAGGAUUAUUGUAUGUGGCGUGGUUAUGAGUAUUGUCGACUGGAUGGACAAACCCCACACGAGGAAAGAGAGGAUAAAUUCCUAGAAGUGGAAUUACUGGGUCAAUGGGAAGCAAUAGAGGCCUUUAAUGCUCCCAGUAGUAGCAAAUUCAUCUUCAUGCUGAGUACCAGGGCCGGCGGUCUCGGAAUUAACUUGGCCAGUGCUGAUGCGGUUAUACUGUACGAUUCAGACUGGAAUCCACAAGUUGAUCUACAAGCGAUGGAUCGAGCACAUCGUAUUGGUCAGAGGAAGCCUGUACGUGUAUUCCGUCUCAUCACUGAUAACACUGUUGAAGAAAGGAUUGUAGAAAGAGCUGAGAUAAAACUGAGACUUGACUCAAUUGUUAUACAGCAAGGAAGACUUAUUGACCAGCAAUCUAACAAACUGGCAAAAGAGGAAAUGUUACAGAUGAUACGUCAUGGAGCCACUCAUGUUUUUGCUUCUAAGGAAAGUGAGCUAACAGAAGAAGACAUUACAACAAUUCUAGAAAGAGGGGAGAAGAAGACUGCAGAGAUGAACGAACGCUUGAAGAAAAUGGGAGAGUCUUCUCUGAGAAAUUUUAGGAUGGAUACUGAACAGAGUUUAUACAAAUUUGAAGGAGAAGAUUACAGAGAGAAACAGAAGCUUGGCAUGGUGGAAUGGAUCGAGCCGCCUAAGCGAGAACGCAAAGCCAGCUAUGCAGUGGAUGCCUACUUUAGAGAGGCUCUACGUGUCAGUGAGCCCAAGACCCCAAAGGCCCCACGGCCUCCCAAACAACCAAACGUUCAGGAUUUUCAGUUUUUUCCACCACGUUUGUUUGAACUGCUGGAGAAGGAGAUUCUUUAUUAUCGGAAGACAAUCGGUUAUAAGGUUCCAAAGAAUCUUGACAUUCCAAAUCCAGUGAUGGCUCAAAGAGAGGAACAAAAAAAGAUUGAUGGGGCUGAACCUCUCACAGCAGAAGAGACUGAUGAAAAGGACAAACUUCUCACCCAAGGAUUCACAAACUGGACUAAGCGAGAUUUUAACCAGUUUAUUAAGGCUAAUGAGAAGUACGGGAGAGAUGACAUUGAUAAUAUAGCUCGAGAAGUAGAGGGCAAAUCUCCGGAGGAGGUGAUGGAGUAUUCAGCUGUAUUUUGGGAACGCUGCAAUGAACUACAAGACAUUGAGAAAAUUAUGGCUCAGAUUGAACGUGGAGAAGCAAGAAUUCAACGAAGGAUUAGUAUCAAGAAAGCCCUGGAUGCAAAAAUUGCAAGAUACAAGGCUCCAUUUCAUCAGUUACGUAUUCAAUAUGGAACCAGCAAAGGAAAAAACUAUACUGAGGAGGAAGAUCGAUUCUUGAUUUGCAUGUUACACAAAAUGGGCUUUGAUAGAGAAAACGUGUACGAAGAAUUACGACAGUGUGUGAGAAAUGCUCCCCAGUUUAGAUUUGACUGGUUUAUCAAGUCUAGAACUGCAAUGGAGUUCCAGAGGCGCUGCAAUACUCUGAUUUCAUUGAUUGAGAAGGAAAACAUGGAAAUUGAGGAAAGAGAAAGAGCUGAAAAGAAGAAACGGGCAACUAAAACUCCAAUGUCACAGAAAAGAAAAGCAGAGUCAGCUACUGAGAGCUCUGGAAAGAAGGAUGUCAAGAAGGUGAAAUCCUAAAGCCUAGAAAUAAAGUUUUAAAUAGGAACCUGCUCUUUUCUGGUUCCCAUCUUCAAAUGCUAUUUUCCAGUUCCUGUGUGUUCAUGGUACUCUGAGGAAAAAAAAAUCUCUUUGGUUUUGAUUUCUUGCAUAUUUUAUAUAUUUUACAAUGCUUUCUACCUGAAAUGUGUAGCUUUAUAUUUUAUGCAUUCUAGUAUUUUUGUGUACUGUAUUUUGUGCAUUUCAUGUCUUCAUCCAAAUCCUCUCAGUCCUUGUUCUUUUGAAGCUUGUGCUGAGGUUUUAGCUUUUCUAUGUUUUAUAUGCCGCUGCUUUGAAAGAGAACCUAGAUUCUAUAGCUGUAUUAUUGUUGUUUCAUACUUUAAAUUUAUAUGGCUGUGGAAAAAUGAAUUAAAAUGAUUUGAGGAGAAAGACUUUUCACUUCUUUGUUGCUUUCUUUUCGAUUGAGUAUGGGCUUGUAUGUGUUCCUGCAUACUGUGAUUUACAUAAUAAUUGUUUCUUUGAGGUCAUCUAAAUAUUUUUUCCUAAAAGAAUAAAGGGUGAGAAAAGAAAAAAAUUAAAAACACUAAUAUUUGAUACUGUGCUUGCUGUCAGUAUGCAUUACAUUUAAAUUAUUCUCUAAAUAUUCAAGUGGGAAAAUAUAAUAAAGAAAUGUCUAUAAGAAAU